GAGAGAGAGAGGGUGGGGUGUAUGCACCCACCCCCCUUCCUACCAUCUCCCCCACCCCUAUCUCUUUACAGGACUGCCAACCCGUCUAGAGUUAUUCCAGGAAUGCGUUGAACAUGGCUGCCGCGAUGAAAGCACAGAAAACGGGACUGUUGGAACUUCGAGUUACCGUGGACCGCUGGAUCCGGGUGUUGGCCACGCUGAGCGACGAUACUUUAACCAUAAGCCCCGGGGAGGUGAACGAAGACUCGGUGAAACCCAACCAGACUCCCGUCGGUGCCGUGAACGGUGACCCCCCGAACCUCAGCUUGUCCCCAGUACCAGAUACAAUCACUAACGUGAAACGCACCGUGCGGGUCACCAAACAAGAUGUUGGAGGACUUGGGAUCAGUAUCAAAGGGGGCAAAGAGAACAAGAUGCCAAUCCUCAUCUCAAAGAUCUUCAAGGGUCUGGCGGCCGACCAGACGGAGGCCCUGUAUGUCGGCGACGCCAUCCUGUCCGUCAACGGCUAUGACCUGAGGGAGGCCACGCACGACGAGGCCGUGCAGGCCCUGAAGAAAACUGGCAAGGAGGUCAUCCUCGAAGUGAAGUACAUCAAAGAGAUGUCGGCCUUCUUUAAGAACGCGGGGUCCCCAGGGGCCCCUCUCCCGUGGGACUCUCCUCCCUCAACGCCUCAGAGGGGAGCUGACACCCCUCCCGCAGCGCUGAGGGAACCCUGCACUAUCCCACUCAAGAUGUGCCAAGUUACACGGAAACAGUGCCCCCCAGACACCGAAAAUAGGUAUUUUGAGGUAAUCUCAGCCAGCAGAAAGAACUCGGUGUUCCUGAGAGCCAAAGACCCGGCCAUGGCCCAGUCCUGGUACAACGGGAUCCAGGCGGGCUCUGCAAACCUGCUGCCCCAGGUCAAGGAGGACAUGAAGGACAUGCAGAGCUCCCUGGAGGUCAAGCAUGUGGGCUGGAUCACAGAGCAGGUCAGCCAGGGUCCAGAGAAGCCGGUGCUUGCGGUUUUGACUGAUAGAGAUCUGCUCCUCUACCCCUCCCUGCCAGACAGCAAAGAGUCCCUCAACAACCCCACCAAGAGCCAUCCACUCAUCACUACACGACUGGUCCACUCGGGACCAGGGAAGACCUCCCCUCUGCUGGAGUCGGAGCUGUCGUUCGGCCUGCGCACGGGCACCAAGCAGGGGGUGGAGACCCACGUGUUCCGGGUGGACUCCACCCGGGACCUCUCCACCUGGACCCACCUGCUGGUGGAGGGCUGCCACAACGCCGCAGAGCUAGUCCAGGAGGUCACCACAGCCUGCAGCUGGAACGGGAAAGAGUGCACCCUGGGAGUCCACAUCGACGAGGGCUUCACGCUGUUCACCGAGGACAUGGGCGUGAGGAAGAGCGUCCUGCUACAGCAGCCCUUCGAGCGCCUGCGGAUGUCCUCCGACGACGGCGUGCGCAUGAUCUUCCUCGACUUCGGAGGCUCCGAGUCUGAGAUCCAACUUGACCUUCACUGUUGUCCCAAGACCAUCGUCUUCAUCAUCCACUCAUUCCUCUCUGCUAAGGUCAAGCGACUGGGUCUGAUGGCAUGAUGAUAGACACCAGGGGUACACACACACACACACACACACACACACACACACACACACACACACACACACACACACACACACACACACAUAUAUGCAUAACACACGUGUGAAAACACAUUCAGUCUUUCUCUCUCUCUCUCUCUCUCUGACACCACACACGCACGCGCGUACAGCUUUGAAGACGCAUAGGACGAGAGAGGUGUGAGGAUGUUUUCCGCCUGCGCCUCUUGAAUACAACUUACCAACGUGGAGUCAAGGAGGAGAAAAUGCAAAAAAGGUUUGGACCUUAUUCGGGUCAUUUAGUGGAGCAGGUUGUCCUAACAGUUAGCAGUUAGCAUGGACGGUCUGUGUGGGACAUUUAGACAAGUCAAUGUAGCGUCAUACAUGUUAACGGAUUGGGGGAAAACGUUGAAGCAGUGCAUGGCACUGUUACUAAUCUCAAAGCUCCAUCCACAUGCCCCGUUGGUUAGCCCUGCUUUGUUUAGUGAGUCAUAACGCGCAACUUUUAACAUCUUUGUAUCUUUUAUGUUCGGUCUUUUCUUUAUUUGCCACAGAGUCACAACAGUCGCUUUGGCUUGAUGAGGCGGAAGCAAUUGUCCUUUAUUUUUAUUUGUAUUGAGUGACAAGCGACAGUUUGUCAAAGUCUGUCGUUUUUACCACUUUUUCAUCUGUCAAUGUUGAACGUCUGUCAGUUUAUAACAGCGAAUGGAUGUUCAUGUUGUGCCAUGGUUUCUAAUUAUUAUUUUUGUAUUCAACUGUUUUGUCUUUCUGUGAAUCGAUUUUUAUUUUCUCUCUUUCUCUUAUUUCACUUUUCUCCUUAAUAUGUGGUCUUACUCAUUCUAUAACACCUGCAAGAAAAACAAGAUGAAAAGACAGACAAUACUGACAUGCAAAUUGACAUACAAGAUAGUUUAAUAGACAGGUAGCUAAAUAGAUGGCUCCUUUCUUAACAAACACAUACUAUUCUCCCCGGUGCAGUGUGUGGAAUUUAGCAGUAUCAAAUUAAACGGAUUUGGUAGAAAUUAAAUAAAAUAAUCAUAAAUACGUUUUAAUUAGUGUAUAAUCUCAUGAGAUUGUUAAAUACGUUUUAAUUAGUGUAUAAUCUCAAGAGAUUAAGAAUUGUUGUGUUUUUGUUACCUUGGAAAGAGCCCUUUAUAUCUACAUAGAGAGCUUUUUACUGAGAAAAUCAUGAUCGUUAAAUAUAUAUAAAUAAAUAUAAAAAUAUCAAGGAAGGUUACCACUUGGCUACUCUGUGCUGUCAUAGACGAUAACAUAAUUCUUGAAGUACCAACUAGCCCCUUUCAAGCCACUACAUGCCCCCAUAGCUGGGCAGGGGGGUUGGAUGCAAUCUGCAACCUCACCACUAGAUGCCACUAAAUCCAACACACCACACCUUUACCUUAAAGCUGGUGAAAUCAUGUCUACUUCGGCCACUGAGGUGACUGAAGUUCAGAUUUUAUGUGAGGCAACCGAUCAGAAGUUUCGUAAAAGAGAUACAUCUUUUCACCUCCUGACCGAACAGAAGCUCUCAUUUUGAACGUGAGAUGAGACAUACAAGAUACUCUGUACUGUAAGGGUAAAAGUAGAAGUAGUUAUUGAUGCUUUCAUCAAUUACCAGAUGACGAUAUUAUCAUGUGAGGUUUUGCCACGAGUCAGCUUUAAAAGCUAAUGAAUUUUUAUACAGUAUUGUCAAAAUCGGAUGAUGAGAAUUGUAACACCUUACAAUUUUUUGAUUAUUUUUUUACAUUUUAAAGUGUUAAUUUUCCCUUUAAGUGAUCAUUUUACGCUUUUAUUUUCAAUCGAUCAGCCACGACUUGAGGCCUUCUCUCUGUAUUACACUUAUCUCACUUAUAUUAAUAUAUACAUAUAAAUAUAUAUUUCAAAGAAAAGAAAGUGUUUGUUUUCAAGAAUAUAAUGUAUUGUAUAUUCUUAUUUAAACAAAGGUGUGCCUUGCAGGGUUGUUUGUAUAUAAAAAAAAGUGUAAUAAACUUUGAUUGUUAACUUG